AAUGAAGCUAAAUCUUGAAGUGAUUAGGCCUUAUCUGAUUGUGCAUUGUCUGUUUGUGGACUAUUUGUUGUUGGGAUUAACAAAAAGUAAAGAAUUGGAGGGUUGGAUUUGAGUUGGGAUUAGAUCAGAUCAUAAUAUUAGCUCUGAUUUAGGUGAAAUUUUCACUAGUAAAGAUUCUGCUUUUCCCUGUAGUCGCCCUGAUUAUCCGGCAACGCCAGAUUUUUUAGGUCAGUUUGUGAUUUAUUGGUUGUUAGAUCCACAGAAAAAGAAAUUUGCACAAGUUAGCUAGAGAACAAUCUAUAUAAGUUCCUGAUAGAGAAUUCAAAUAUGCUCGAUUAGUUUCUCCAUUUUUUGUGUUGGAAUAGUUGUGAUUGUAGUCAAAGAUCAUUCAUAUGUAACUCCUUUUGCACUUGCAAAUUAGUUUACAUUCUUGAUGAGGAUGUUUUCAUUUGGAUUCAUAGAUUAGUUUCUCCUUCAUAAUUUUGUCGUGGGAAUAGUUGUGAUUGUAGUCAAAGAUGAUUGAUAAGUAACUCAUUUUGCAGUUGCAAAAUUUGAUCUGCUUCUACUUAGAACAUACAAGAGAUGGUUGGCAGCAUUGAGGUUGCAAGCAACUACACUUACUCCAAUGGGGUGGUGCAAAGCAGCAACGGCUCCGAGGAGAAGCUAGACGAGCUCCGUAGAUACAUAGGCAAACCCGAUGGCGAUCUCUUGAAGAUUGUUGGUGUCGGGGGAGGCGCGUGGGGCAGUGUGUUUGCAGCAUUGCUUCAAGACAGCUACGGGCAGUACCGGGACAAGGUCCAGAUCAGGAUAUGGAGACGAGCCGGGAGGGCUGUCGACAGAGCCACAGCAGAGCACCUGUUUGAGGUGAUCAACUCAAGGGAGGACGUGCUGAGGCGCCUGAUAAGGAGGUGCGCGUAUCUCAAGUAUGUCGAGGCACGCCUGGGUGACCGGACCCUCUACGCAGACGAGAUCCUGAAAGACGGCUUCUGCCUCAACAUGAUCGACACACCACUUUGCCCUAUGAAGGUUGUGACUAACCUGCAGGAGGCUGUUUGGGAUGCUGACAUUGUCAUCAACGGCUUGCCCUCGACAGAGACACGAGAGGUCUUUGAGGAGAUCAGGGAUUAUUGGAAGGAGAGGAUCACCACGCCGGUGAUCAUAUCUCUGGCGAAGGGGAUAGAGGCGGAGCUCAGCCCGUGUCCUCGUAUAAUCACCCCCACACAGAUGAUCAGCCAAGGAACUGGAGUCCCUAUAGAGAACAUUCUGUAUCUGGGAGGGCCUAACAUAGCCUCGGAGAUCUACAACAAGGAAUACGCCAACGCGCGUAUAUGUGGGUCGGAGAAAUGGAGAGUGGCCCUUGCAAAGUUCUUGAGGCAGCCUCAGUUCAUAGUGUGGGAUAACAGUGAUCUCAUCACACAUGAAGUCAUGGGAGGCUUGAAAAAUGUGUAUGCAAUUGGAGCAGGCAUGGUGGCGGCUCUAACCAACGAGAGUGCCACGGGCAAAUCAGUCUACUUUGCACACUGCACCUCCGAGAUGAUCUUCAUCACGCACUUGCUGACUAAAGAGCCGGAGAAGCUUGCAGGGCCGUUGCUUGCAGACACGUACGUGACCCUCUUGAAAGGGCGCAAUGCGUGGUACGGGCAGAUGAUAGCCAAGGGCCAGCUCAGCCUAGAUGUGGGGGAUAGCAUCACAGGCAAAGGAACUAUUCAGGGAGUGUCUGCAAUCGAAGCAUUCUACGAGCUGCUGAGGCAGCCUAGCUUGAACGUGCUGCAUCCGGAUUCCAACAAGCCGGUUGCCCCGGUUGAGCUCUGCCCCAUCCUCAAGAUCUUGUACAAAAUCCUCAUCACCAGGGAGCAGGGAGCACAAGCUAUUCUUCAAGCGUUGAGAGACGAAAACCUCAACGAUCCGCGCGACCGGAUCGAGAUUGCGCAGACGCAUGCCUUCUACAGGCCUUCACUCCUUGGCCACCCCUUGAAUGGAUCUCCAAAAUCAGACUAAAAAAUCAUUAUUCGUUUUCUAGAUCAAUAUAUAUAUAUAGGUAUUAGGUAACAAACACAAUUUCUUUGUAUACUGGAAAUUAAUCAGACUGCAUAUCAACAUAUGAUCAUACUUCUUGAUCACACUUGGAAUGGAUUUCACAUUAUUUGGUGUUGUUUGUAUCAUCAUUCAUCACAAUAUAUGUAACUGCUACUUCGAUA